UGCGCAUGUGCACACCUUAACAACCGAGGCAAGCGUAGAUACGCGACUGUGAAGACGAGACGCAGCUUCGGGUAAAUUCUCGGGUUAGGCUUCUGGGAGGGGGAACCAGGAAGAAGAGGUGUGUGGUGCCCUUGUAUAUAACUAUGGAGGGGCCUGCAGUGGAAAACCUCAUAGACUUUGACAUACCUUCUCGCACAGAAGAACAGACAGAACAGACCGCACAGACAGCACCUUCUGCUGUUGGUCCUCCUGACCUGUUAUCAGCAGAACCGCUCGCCCCAGAGUCUGUGUGUGAGCUCCCAUCACCCAUGGCCCCAAGACCAGCUGUGUACGGAAAUGAGGAAGACGCAGAAGAGAGCGAUGCCACAGAGUUUGCAGACAGUGAGAACGAGGCCACCGAUUCACCUUCCCACACUUCCGACUCCCGCCGCUCGUCUUCGUCAUCCAAUCAUAGUGGUGAGCAUGCAGAUGUAACCGAAAGGCGGGAAUUUAUGAAAGCCUACGUGGAGAAAUUGUUUCAUGGAAGGGAGGACUUUGACCAGGAGGAAAAAGCACGCUUCGGCGAGUUGUGCACUGGAGAAAAUGGCAAGGGCAGGGAGUGGUUUGCAAAAUACGUCAGUGUGCAGCGCUGCAACUCUAAGUGUGUGAGUGAGCAGACUUUCUACCGUCUGGUGCAGUCUUUUGCAGUCGUCCUGUUUGAAUGCUACGAGAUGGAUGAUUACAGCCCGGCCAAGCACUUAAUGACCAUGUGUUUCACGUACUAUUACAUUGGGAAGAUCCAGCUGUCACCUACAGAGCUCCUAGAGAAGCCAAGUGCAGGUUUUGACUCAUACCUGCACAGCAGCAAGGUCUGGCUCUCAGGCAAGAAAGAUAUCGCGGAGAAAAUGCUGAAAAAUACUACAGCCAAACCGGAUAUGAACAGUUUUUUCGGAGGUCUGGAGAGCAAGCUCAGAGGCCUGUCUGCUCGAAAGAACGAAGACACAGACAGUCCAGAAGACAAGCUUAAAACCCCAGCAUGGCCACCGGUGUCCUCAGACAAGAAAAAAGAAGAGAAGAUCUACUUGUAUACACACCUUAAACAGCAACCAAUCUGGCACACGUUAAGAUUUUGGAAUGCUGCAUUUUUCGAUGCUGUGCACUGUGAGAGGAACAAGAGGUCCCCCACCACGAGGCGGACAGCUGAGGAGGAGAAAGACGAGAGGGAAAAGUGGUGUCAUAUGACCCAGGAAGAGAAAGAUGACAGCACGAAAAUUGAAGAAAACAUCGCCUUUGGACAGCUGGGGACCUUCACCCAUAAUAUGCUCGCCUUUGGAUUGAGUAAGAAACUCUGCAAUGAUUUCCUAAAGAAGCAGGCGAUUAUCGGACACUUGAAUGAAGAACAAUACAAGUUGCUGAGUGAACAUAUUGAACAGAUGGCUGUGGAGUGAAUCGCAGCUACAGACGGUUCGACCAUCCUCCCCUUCUGUCCUACUGUUCGGGUACCUAAUGUAUACCAGCGUUCAGCUCCAGGUGAAAGAUCCCGCAUUCCCCCUCAAUCUUCAUUUGAACUGUUUUCAAAAACCCAGCAACUGAAGUGAACAUAUCUAUGAGGUGGUAAGGACAUUGCACUUCCUCCACGGCUGCUCAGUAUAAUUUGGAAUACUUCUGCUAUGCUGUAGCAUCACACAACUGUUUUGUUUAAGAUGCAUAUCAGAACCUGACAAUCUCAUGCAAUAACCUGGUUUAUAUAUAUAUAUAUAUAUAUAUAUAUAUACAUACACUCCCAGUGACCUAUUCGACAAAGCUAAUGCUGAAAGUAUUUUAUGGAGCUACAUGAACUGUAACUGUCUACAAAGCACAAUUCUGACACCAAUCCCAGCCAUUCCUGGAUUUAUUAGUCUCUUUAUGUGGGACAUUAUGAAAAAUGUAUGCCGGGGCAUUCAGGCUGUAAUUGACACUUUUAUAUGACACACAGACAGUCAGACUCUCAUAUGCGGUCUAUCAAAACUGUUACACAUUGCGACAGUGUGAGGUUUGAUAAUGUGCACGUGAGAACAUGAUUGUGUGCAGAAAAGCUAUGAUGGUGUGCAAGAGGAAGUAUAAUUGCUAGUAUGUGUGAGACA